AUGGCAGAGGGAUCGCUCGAAAAGGGAUGGAUGCUUGACCCGGAUGGACGGUUUCAGAGUCGAAUUGACGAGCAAGCAGAGCUCAUUUGUAUCCUCAAGAAACGCACUGACACUCUCAUUCUUGAAGCUGAAGACUACAAGGCCCAAAUCCGCAAGCUCGAAAAAACUCAAGAUCAACUCAAGUCGCAAAUCGAAAAUGAAAAGACCCAAAGCCGAAUGAUCGAGCAGCGUUUCGACGAUUUAGCAGACAAUCACCAGGAACUCAUAAAAUACAAAGACAUGUACAAAUCUUCCGCAGCUGAGCUUCAAGAAGAAAAUGUUCGACUUCGGCUUGAAAACAGCUCUUUGAUCAAUCCUCAAAUCGAAGCGAAAAACAAGGAGAUCAAGAACUGGCAAGACAAGACAAACUCACUUCUCGAACGUCUUGAAAAAUUAGAGAAAACGAACACUGAACUUUCUGAUGAAAAGUCUUUACUCGAAGAUAAAACGCUCAAGCAAUCAACGACGAUUUCUGAUCUCCAGGAGCGAUUAAGAAUUUCUGAAGAGCGAAAUGAUGAGCUUGAGUCUUCAAAAACAAGAGAGCUCGAAAAGGCAGAGAAGCUGCACAAUUUGGAACUUCAUUCUUUACGACAGGAGAAUAAAAACUACAUGGACAUGGCAUUUGAACGAGGAAAAGCAGUUCAAAGCAAAGAAAAUUUAAUCGCCUCGCUUCAAGCAGAGCUGAACGAGAAAAACAAGAAGCUAGAAUCAAUCGAUUCGGAAUGGGCAAAUGCGAAGGGGAAGCUAACCAAAGAUGCAACUGUCAUAAGACUGAUGCAGGAAAACGAAGAGUUCCGAGAAACGUACAACAUGUUGCGCCUCGAGUACGAAGCCUUCAAAGAACACACUUCAAGUCUCAUAAACCGGGAAAAGUCGCUCAAUCGUCGACUAACAGCCUAUUCCCCGAUGCCCCCGUCCGAUCCUCCGAGCAAAUCCGAAUCCUGA